GAGGCUUCCACAUAAAUGAAUUGUUUUAAGCAGUAUGUGUUCUCCUUCACGUAUUUUUUGGUUGUUGACUGGACGGAGGGACUUGAAACUUCCACUGCUGAACCUACCUAUCCAGACCCUCGGAAUGAUCCCUUAGUGUUCAUAGCCAACCCGAUCGAAGCAAAUUUGCCAGGUCAUUGGAUGCCGUUAAGUAUAGUUAAGGUCAUAUUAGAGCGGACCAGUCCCAAACCGUACUAUGCCAAGCCGGUAAAGGCACCGCCUUAUGAUAUGCCUAAAGAUCCACCAAAAAAGCCAAAUAAGCCAAAGAAGCCAAAGAAACCUAAACAACCGCCUUACUCUGAAUCAGAGGAGGAGUCCGAAAGCGAAGAAAGCGGGGAGACGGAAUCUGAACCAGAACCAGAACCCGAACCUGAAUCUGAACCUGAACCUGAAUCCGAACCUGAGCCUGAACCCGAACCGGAGCCUGAACCUGAACCUGAACCCGAACCGGAACCGGAACCAGAACCAGAACCAGAACCAGAACCAGAACCAGAACCAGAACCGGAACCGGCACCGGUGCCUGCAUCUACAACGAGUAAAAAGCGAAGGAAACCUAAAGACAGUCACGACAAUAUGCCAUAAACAGGUGAUUUCGUUGUUAAAUGUUAUUAAAACUUAAAGUAAACAAUUUUCUAUUUUGUUGUACUUCAAUUCAGUGCUACUACGAGUAAAGAAACAUGUACCAUAAGUAAAUGAAGAAGUGCU